ACGCACCACUGCCUGUGCAGUCCAAUCCUGCCUGGGUAGAGUACAGUAUGAGCACCUAUUUUUAUUAGGUCGUAUCCCUGUCCGCUUUCCCCGCGUCCGAGGAAGAUCCCGCAUUCCACUAGUCAGCUCCCUCGAGGGGUUGAAGAGGAGAACACGAUGUGCAUGUGCUAUGUUACGGUGCGGGUGGCAAUACUCCGAAGCCAGGUGAGCAUCGGCAGUCAAACAAUCAGUUUCCGACGAGGGGAAGGGAAGGUGAAGGAACACCUUGGUGUGGCUGUGGCUCUCUACAUAUACCUUUACCUGAACUUAGACAUACAAUAUAUUGUGUCUAUGUCGUGUUUGGACACAACACACCAACUUUAACGGCUAGACACGUGGUAUCAUUGUCAAAGGGAAUCGAGCGCUCUUGCUGCCGUGGCCUGAGGGUAAAACAACAACUACAACUACAGUAAAUACUCCUGCCCUCAAUUCGGUUGUUGAUUGAAGAUCGUACACCCCACGAGACACUCUUUGUCUCGCUGGUACCAGCAAAGAACACAAAAUGGCGGGAGGUGAAGCCACCGGGUCUGCCGAUACUGGUACUAGCACUACCGGUGCUGCUUCUACCGACACACAGAGUCAAAGCCAGCAACAGCAAGGUCAACAACAAGGGGAGGGAUCCUUCCCCCUAGCAGCACAGAUAUCCCUCAAAGAAUUCCAAAUCCCAGACUUCCCAUCCCAGGCAUCGCGGCUCCGUCAACUCACAUUGACCGCCGACAUCAAGCUGGACGAGUACCAGGGCAAAGUGCAGAUCCCAGACGAUGCAGUCGUCACACAACCACCGCUCCCAAACCUGCCACAGUCAAUCACGCACUUGAAUUUGGAGUUGUUCGGGCUCGGAUUCCCCGGGAAACCGCCCUUUCUAGGCCGCUUGGCCCGGUCGCUGCCGAACCUGAGCAGCGUGACCUUCUUCAGCUGUUUGAUUGAUGGAUUGGACGACCAUUCGCGCAAAGAUGCGGAGGCGUUUUUCCGCCUACUCCCAAAUCUGCAGGAAUUGCAUCUCAUCGACUCGUUUGCAAGACCAGGCUUCUUUGAGACGUUGGGUAAGAUUCUGGAAGAACGUGCAUCAGCAUCACAGCAACAAGAUAAAGACAGUGGUGGCGGCGGUGGCUUAAAGGUCGUCAAUGUCAGCUAUACGUUCCGAGGACAUGAAGAUAGCGAUUUCCUGGCUCGGGUGCAUGGCGCAGAAUUGCCAAAGUUGAUUGUCAAGGGGGUGGUGGGUGCGAGUUUUGAUUUCGUGCCUGAAGCGGUGGAUGAGUUGGCUGAAGAAGAGGACAAGGAUGGUGACCAACAGAACGGGAAUGAGGGUGAGGGCGAAGAGAAGAAAAAGAAGAAAGAAAACAUUGCAGAGGGGAUUCUGCCGUUCGCCAGUGAUGGCAGAGCUCCGGCGGCUUUGAAGAAGAGGUUUGAAGACUUGAGGGAGGCCGGAGAUGGAGCACUUCAGAGUUUGAGGGUGCUAAACCUGGGCAUGUGGUCGCUUCGUCCGGCGGAGGUGGGCGAGAUUGUGGUCAAGGCCUGUGCUGGUGGAAGUGGUGGAAAGGCAGGUCUGGCUGAUUUGACCGUCAGCGUCUUGCUCGAGGAGAAUUGGAUUGAGGAGUUCAUCAAGGGCUUUGGAGAGAAAGAUAAUGGUACUGCGCCAGAUUUGGAGGGCAUUGAAGUCAUUGGAGUCCCUAGCAAUGCGAAUGAAGUGGGCGAAGGUGAGGAUGGGCCGGAUUGGAAGCAGGGAGGAGGUCUGUCUUUGGUGAAACUGGCUGAUGUGCAGAGACUGAACGAGGUUUGUCCGAGACUGGGCAAGUUCGGAAUGAGUAUCCUCAAGGUCAAGAGUGCGCCGAAUGUGCUCUUCUUCAAGGAGGGGGAGUCGUGGACACAACAGUAGUAGAUAGACAAGGCGUUAGUAGUCGCUUACUGUAGGUUUGAUAUGGUCAUCAAGGAAGAAUAUCCCUACAUCUCCUGUCCCUUUUUUGGCUAUUUGGCUUGAGCGGGCUGAGUCAUUGCACAUGCACAAUUGAU